AGCACCGAGUGGACUGGAGCAGCAUGAAGCAGAGCUGGAGACCAGAGCUGCUUAUUGUGGGAGCUGUGGUCGUGAUAGAGGGUCUUCAAGCAGCUCAGCGUGCAUGUGGGCAGCGUGGUCCUGGCCCUCCAGAGCCUCAGGAAGGCAACACAUUACCUGGUGAAUGGCCCUGGCAGGCCAGUGUGAGGCGACAGGGUGUACACAUCUGCAGUGGCUCCUUGGUGGCAGAUACCUGGGUCCUCACAGCUGCUCACUGCUUUGAAAAGAUGGCCACAGCAGAACUGAGCUCCUGGUCCGUGGUCCUGGGUUCUCUCAAGCAGGAGGGGCAGAGCCCAGGGGCUGAGGAGGUGGGAGUUGCUGCCCUGCAGUUGCCCAAGGCCUAUAACCACUAUAGCCAGGGAUCAGACCUGGCCCUGCUCCAGCUCACCCACCCCACAGCUCACACAACCCUCUGCUUGCCCCAACCCACCUACCACUCUCCCUUUGGAGCUUCUUGCUGGGCCACUGGCUGGGACCAGAACACCAGUGAUGUUUCCAGGACCUUACGGAAUCUGCGCCUCCGUCUCAUCAGCCGCCCCACUUGUAACUGUCUCUACAAUCGGUUGCACCAGAGGUUGCUGGCCAACCCAGCAAGACCUGGGAUGCUGUGUGGGGGUGCACAGCCUGGGGAACAGGGACCCUGCCAGGGAGAUUCUGGGGGACCUGUGAUGUGCCGUGAGCCUGAUGGACACUGGGUCCAGGUUGGAAUCAUUAGUUUCACAUCAAAAUGUGCCCAGGAGGAUACCCCUGUGCUGCUGACUGACAUGGCGGUACACAGUUCAUGGCUGCAGGUCCAUGUUCACGAGGCAGCUUUCUUGGUGCAGGACCCAGGAGUUGUGAAGAUGAGCGAUGAGAACAGUUGUGUAGCAUGUGGCUCCUUGAGAAGUGGAGGACCCCAGGCAGGAGCCCUCUCUCAGUGGCCCUGGGACGCCAGGCUGAAGCACCAUGGGAAGCUGGCCUGCGGUGGAGCCCUGGUAUCAGAGGUGGUGGUGCUGACUGCUGCCCACUGCUUUAUCGGGCGCCAAACCCUAGAGGAAUGGAGUGUAGGACUGGGGGCUGGACCAGAGGAAUGGAGCCUGAAGCAACUCAUUCUGCACGGGGCCUACACCCACCCAGAAGGCGGCCAUGAUGUGGCCUUCCUGCUGCUGGCUCAGCCAGUGACAUUGGGCCCUGGCCUAAGGCCCCUUUGCUUGCCCUAUGCUGACCACCACCUGCCUGAUGGGGAACAUGGCUGGGUUCUCGGGCUGACCCAAGAAGCAGGUAUCAACUACCCCCAGACAGUACCUGUGACAGUCCUGGGGCCAAUGGCCUGUAGCAGACAGUAUGCAGCUCCUGGGGGCACGGGCAUCCCCAUUCUGCCAGGGAUGGUAUGCACCACUGUCGUGGGUGAGCCCCCUCACUGUGAGGGCCUCUCUGGGGCACCACUUGUACAUGAGAUCAGGGGCACAUGGUUCCUGGUUGGACUGCACAGUUUUGGAGACACCUGCCAAGGCUCUGCAAAGCCUGCAGUUUUUGCAGCACUCUCUGCCUACGAGGACUGGGUCAGCCAUCUAGACUGGCAGGUCUACUUCGCUGAGGAGCCAGAGCCUGAGACCGAGACUGGAAGCUGCCCGGUCAACUCGAGCCAACCAGCCAGUUGUUGACUGGUGACUCUAGUUUACUCACAGGACGCCAGAAACGCCAGGCAACUCCCACAUCAACACCCAGUUCUACACUCCUGCCCCUCCCCUCCCAGCCUCAUGGUUCCCAGCCCUGAGGCAGGUCCAACAGCCGGCUGGCUGGGAAUGAGCCUGCUCCGAGAUGCUUUCCAUGUGUGCCAUGACUCCACCCCCAAGCUCUUCUUUCCAACAGAGAUGUCUCCAGUAUUCCCUAGCCAAUCCUUCAGAUAUAACCAC